AUGUCCCAUUCACAAACCGAAUCGUCUAGCGCGAGACCUCCUCGUCAUCGCCCUCGAGGUCUCGUCGCCUGCCGUCGGUGCAAGACCCGCAAACAGCGCUGCGACAAUGAAUUCCCAGCGUGCUCGAAUUGCCUCUCUGCGGGUGAGAAGUGCUCAUAUGGCGCCAAGCAAGCAUACCCGGCAGAGUAUGUGAAGUCGCUCGAGCGCCAAAUCUCAAGGUUACAGGAUGAGAUAGCCUCGCCGCGACAGAAUGUCGUCAGUCAGCCUCAGACGCUGUCGAUGGUUGACACCCAGUCUGGCAUGAGUGAGACGGCGCCCGCUAAUUUGAACGAGACUGCAACUUCGGACUUGGAAGCUAGCGCUGGAAUUGUUGCGCCAUCCCCGGAUUCUUUUCUGGGAACAUCGAGUGGGUAUCCUCUUACGAAACUGCUGCGUUCAGCAUUACCCUCUGUAGAUGCACGCCAAGGCGAUCGAGCGGGAGCUUCACAUCAAGUAAAUUUAGCGACACGGUCCUUAACAGGCGUGCGCGUCAACAUAGGGCAGCAGCAUGAGGGUGGCCAAGUCUCUGACGGCUCAGAUCUGCCCAACAAAGUAGUCGGCGACAAGCUUAUUGAAGCGUACUAUGCAAGGGUGCACCCCAAGCAUCCCUUCCUACCCCGAAAAAGAGUCCAGUCACUGCACGAUACUAGGCUUGAGCUCGUCCCAGCUCAUAGAGCUCGACACUAUGCCUGCGCGAUGGCAGAUGCGGACAGUAUCUUUGCGACAGGUAGUCUCGAGAGCCUGGAAGCGAUGCUCCUGCUCACGAUAUACCAACUAAGGUCACCUACAGGUCCUGGCGUCUGGUGGAUGAUCGAGACAACGAUGCGGUAUUGUAUUGAUAAUGGCCUCCACCGACAAGCCAUGAACCUCCCUCCCAGCCUCGAUGAGAGGAGAAAACGCAUCUUCUGGACGGCGUACAUGUUAGAGAGAUCAGUUGCUCGGACCAUGGGUCGGCCUCACUCUAUUUCCGACAGAGACAUUGACGUUGCGCUCCCAGCGAACAUCGACGAUGAACUGGACACUGACGAAGCUAUCAUUGCAGCCAUUGCAGACUCGAACCAACACCCUUCUCAGAUCACCGCACUCACGCCAGCCAUUCAUAUCUUCCGGCUACAGCAAAUAGAUUCCAAGAUUUCAUAUACAGUAUGUCGCGUGGACAAAGAGGUCUCCGAGAUAAAACCGCACAAGGUGGCCCGUCUUCGACAAGCUCUAGAAGAGUGGAAGGCCGGAAUACCUCAGACCGGUCCAGAGAAUAAAACGCAUCCUUACCUCACAACAGACUACCAUAUGAUCCAAUACCACAAAGCCAUUAUACUCCUAAACCUCCCCUUCUUACCAACCCUCACCCCACAGAGUCCAACAUUCCACGAGAUCGUCCACUCCGCCGGGCAAGUCUGCUCCUUAUCAAAACGUCUUCACGACCAGCAGACAUACAUCUCAUUCUCGCUCCUCUCACUACACGCCAACUUCGUCGCUGGCUUGGUAAUGGUCUACUGUUUCUGCCUCGACUCGUCAAUCUUCAGUCCCAGGUUCAGCAGUAGUGUGAGAGCGUGUAGCACGAUGCUGUACAUCAUUUCCGAGCGUUGGCCGAGAGCAGUUCAGGCGAGGAAUGCAUUUGAUCGUCUUGUUGCUGCUACGAUAGAAAGUGACCACGAAUCAAAUAAUGGUAUUUUGCGGUCUGAGGAUAAUUUGAAUGUCUCGCAGGAUGGCUUUGUGGCAGAUGAGACUGGUAAUCUGGAGGUUUGGAAUAGCUUUGAGUCGAUACUUGGGGAUCAUCAGAUCGAUCUGGGGACUUGGAUGCAUGAUAGCAUUUUUGACACGAUGGGCACCUAUCAGCCAAUGGAUUGGACGGAGUAG